GCCUCUUUCAGACUGGCCCCUCCCACCCCAGGUAUGUUGUCUGCAGACUUUGUCACCAGCUGAGCUUGAUUCUUAUCGGAAAAGGAAUAAAGAGAGAAGGAGCAAUUCCCAGGGCUGAAGGAGGACAAGGCAGUUUGGAGAGAAAAAUCUCAGUGUUGGAUAUGAUCACCCCGGCACUUGAGCCCGUCUCUCAGAGACAGGUCCAAGCCUGCCCGGAGCUGCCCGGCUCACUGGAGACUGAACUGGAGCAGCUGCUGGAAUCAGAGCCCCUCGAACACGCUCAGGCUCUGAGGAGAGACUGGCAGAACUUCAAGCAGCUCCACAAGCACUUUGUCCAGAGAGAGACUCUGUCCGUGCAGUGGGACAGGAUCUGCAAACCCCCACUGGAGGCAAUACAGGCCUACGAGACUGUCCAAGCCAGGGCCUUGCCUGAAGACAUCUCCUCCCUGCUGAACAAGCUGGUGGUGGUGAAGCUCAAUGGAGGGCUGGGGACCAGCAUGGGCGUGCAGGGCCCCAAAGGGCUGAUGGAAGUGCGUGAUGACAACACCUUCCUGGACCUGACGAUCCAGCAAAUUGAGCACCUCAAUAAGACUCACAACUGUGACGUGCCCCUCGUCCUGAUGAACUCGUCCCUCACUGAGGAGGACACGCAGAGAAGCCUGCAGAGAUACAGCCACUGCUCCGUCAAGAUCCACACCUUCCUGCAGAGCAGGUACCCUCUAGUGCGGAAGGACACCAUGCUGCCCCUGCUCCCCCCUGCAGGGUGGGCUCUCUCUGGCCACGGGGACGUGUACGCCAGCCUGUGUCGCUCGGGCCUGGCGGAGCUCUUCACAGAGCAGGGGAAAGAGAUCCUCUUCAUCUCCAACAUGGACAACCUGGGAGCCAGCGUGGAUUUGCACAUCCUCAACCAGCUGCUGCAGGAAGAGUCCUCCGCCAGCGGGGGGCGCUGCGACUUCCUCAUGGAGGUGACUGACAGGACGAGGGCUGAUGUCAGGGGGGGCACUCUAAUAGAGCUGGAUGGGAAACUGCAGCUGCUGGAGAUUGCUCAGGUGCCCAAGGAACAUACAGACGAGUUCAUGUCUGUGUCUGAGUUCAAGAUCUUCAACACUAAUAACCUGUGGGUGUCUCUGGAGUGUGUGAGGAGACUCGUCAGAGAGCACGCUGUACACAUGGAGAUCAUAGCAAGCAGCCAGACUCUGCCCGGCGGUCAGGAGGUCAUCCGGCUAGAGGUGGCCGCAGGCUCGGCCAUCGGGAGUUUUGCGCGGCCGCGGGGGGUCAACGUGCCGCGCAGCCGCUUCCUGCCGGUCAAGACGACCUCCGACCUCCUGCUGGUCAGGUCCAACCUGUAUGACCUGCGAGAGGGGGCUCUGGAGAUGAGCGAGAGGAGAGAGUUCAAGACGGUGCCACUGGUCAAACUGGGAGCCCCCUUCACGAAGGUUCAGGAUCUGCGGACUCGUUUCGAGAACAUUCCGGAUCUCCUGGACCUCGAUCACCUGACCGUCUCCGGCGACGUCACCUUUGGGAAGGAUGUGGUCUUGAAGGGCACGGUUAUCAUUAUAUCGAAUCACGGGUCCAGCAUUGCCAUACCGAGCGGUUCUGUUCUGGAGAAUAAGGUGGUGUCAGGAAACCUGUGUGUACUGGACCACUGACCCACAGCCUGACUGUGACCAACACGUUCUCAUGAAGAAACCAAUCUGUUGCGAUUGAGGCACACUGAGACUCGUGUUUUAUAUCUGGUACUGCACUUUAAUCUCUGUUGCACAUCUUUGGUCACUUGGAGGGUGAAAUAGUCCCACCCCUUCUAUGUCAGUAACCAACCGGCUGCUUCCCCUGUUGACUGACAUGCUUUCAGCCAGUAGCAUGACCCAGAAGACAUUGCGAAAUGACCCAGGAAGU